CAGAGUGAUUCUGAUGGUAAAAGGCUCAAAUCAACAGGAUCUGGAGAUGAAAAUCAGAAUCAGAAAGCUAAUAAUGAAACAACUUCUGGAAAAGGAGGUGAACAAAAGAGUAAGCCAGUGUCUGAUCCAUCAAAGGAUUAUAUUCAUGUCCGAGCAAGGAGAGGUCAAGCAACUGAUAGCCAUAGCCUUGCUGAAAGGGCUAGAAGAGAAAAGAUCAGUGAGAGGAUGAGAAUACUACAAGAUCUUGUCCCUGGGUGUAAUAAGGUCAUUGGCAAAGCAUUGGUACUUGAUGAGAUCAUAAAUUAUAUCCAAUCGUUACAGCGUCAAGUUGAGUUUCUCUCGAUGAAAUUAGAAGCUGUCAAUACGAGAACUAGCCCUGGUAUUGAAGGAUUUCCCUCAAAAGAUGUAAGUAAAAAGAUUACAAACUUUUGUCUCUACAAAGAAUGAGCUGUGGCAAUACAUUUUUUUUCCGUCA